ACCGCUGGAGAUGUGAACAGUACCAAAAACUCCAUAUUUUAGGAGAAAUGGGGAGACGGGGGAUGUUGCUGGGGUUGGCCUUAGAGUGGAGAAGCGAUUAUCAGCCACCUGAGUGACCAAUUUCUUCUCCGACACUUGUCUACCACCGUGGCCACUAACCUUUGCAGCCCAGUCCUCCCAUGGCGACCACCGGCGGAUCAAGUGUUCGAGUAGGCCCCGUCCCGUUCAAGGACGUCGAGCACGACGGCGACAUGGUCACCGCCGUGCCGGAGAGACCCUCGGAAGAGUACGUCGCCCUGGUCUCCGCCCUACCAUGCUGUACGAUCGCCGGGAUGUCCAACACGAAGCUCUGCUGUUACCAGGGGUUCUGGCUGCCGGAGGGUUUGGCCCCGGCGGCCGCCGCCCUCCAGCGCCGCUUCGAGCCCCGACCCAGCGACGUCAUCGUGGCCAGCCUGCCCAAGGGCGGCACCACGUGGCUCGUCGCCCUGGCGUUCGCCACGCUGGCGCGCCGCGCGCACCCGCCCGGCUCCGGCGACCACCCGCUCCGCCGUCUCAACCCGCACCAGUGCCUCCCGUUCCUGGAGGGGAUGUUCAUCAGCGGCCUGGAGGGCAUGCUCGACGCGCUCCCUUCCCCGCGCCUCAUGAACACGCACAUGCCGCUCGCCAUGAUCCCGGGAGCCGUGCCGGCCGACGGCGCCGGCGGUGGCUGCAGGGUCGUGUACAUCUGCAGGGAGCCCAAGGACAUGGUCGUCUCCCUGUGGCACUACUUCCGGCGAGUGUACCCGGACCUGGAGUUCAGCGAGGUCUUCGACAUCGCCUGCGACGGCACCAUGCUGUGGGGCCCGUUCUGGGACCACAUCCUCGGCUACUGGCGCGCCAGCGUGGCGAGGCCGGAGAACGUGCUCUUCCUCCGGUACGAGGAGCUCCUGCGCGACCCCGCCGAGAACGUCCGGAGGCUGGCGCGGUUCGUCGGGAUGCCGUUCUCCGCGGCGGAGGAGGAGGACGGCGUCGUCCGCGGCAUCGUCGAGCUGUGCAGCCUCGACAGCCUGAGGGGCAUGGAGGCGAACAAGGCCGGCUACGUGGACACGCGCACCAAGUUCCCACGCGAGGCGCUCUUCAGGAAGGGCGUGACCGACGACUGGAAGAGCCACAUGACGCCGGAGAUGGCGUGCCGGAUGGACGACAUCGUCGCCGACAAGCUUCGCGGCACGGGCCUCGCGUUUCCUUGAAUUCAUUCGAGUGCUGCGAUACCGUCGCGUGCGUGAACGCAUGAUCUAUCGAUCAUGCAUAAUGCUUAUUUUAUAUACGUCUCUGUCUAAAAUGUCUUGAUUGAUCGUGACUGUGCGAUCAUACAGCUUCUGAACUUUACAGCAUCUGAAUCUGCAGUCAAUUUUAGGCUAGCUCUCGAUCGACUCUGCUAUCCAUCCUUACAGAGCGUGACUGUGCGGGCAUAGAGCUUCCUGACAUUCCAUGGCAUGGCCCCGGAUGAUGAGUGGUGAGGGCGUGGCUAGAAGAUCAACGAAGAAGGGGAGCGAACUAGGCGAGAAGUCAGGCAGACUGGCAGAUGGUACUCGACCAGUGAGGGCAUGUAAGCAGGAGACAACGGACCUUCAAGCUCUUCCAAGUGAAGUUAUACUGUUGCUGCUCAUUGAUAUAUCAGUUUGCACUGUCUCACUGCACAUCAUGCCAACUUUUGUCAUUGUUCACCUAUUUCUGUAACUGAAGAGUGGAAGCACUGGAGCCUAAUCGUUGUAUGCCAUCAUUGUUAUCUGAA